GCACGAUUUUACUGUACAUGAAGCCGUUUGAAGACCAGUAGUUGUACAAAGCUGGCGUUUAAACUUCAUUUCAUCCUUUGUCUCGGCUGAUGGAUUUUAUAUAGUUAAAUCAGGUGAAUAUCACAAAAAUCAGAAAAUCACCAAAUCCUAAAUUUAUUGCCAUUUCUAACCAGCAUUGAUUCGGUCAAGUUUUCAACCAUAUCAAUUUUUUUUAACUAUUCGAUGAACUGUUGCAAGUUGUUAGCUAAACAUAAAAUUAUUAUGUGAGCAUUUGGAACCGAAAAUAAGUAGAACCAAAGAUGGAAAUUUCCGAGCGGCAGCCGUCGGAAAUCUGGCUAAAAGCUCGCGGACUAACCGCCAAAAAACUCGACCUAAACUACAUUCUUCGUCAACUGGGAUUUGGUCACGUGAAGAAAUUUGAAGGUCAAAUCCGGAAAACAGUCUGUGCCAGAUAUGGUCAAAAACUGUUCCAGAAGUACGCAGACAGAGAUGGAAAAGUCUUCAAUGUGAUUGGCUCCGAAGACACGCUUCUCGAGUUCGUUUCACGACUCAAAGUCGUCAAAUCCGAGCUGACAACACGACUUCAAACCAUAACUUCGGGUAGUUACAGGGUAUUUGGGCUAAUUUCGGCUAAGAAACCGCUGAUUGUUACUGAUAUAUCGACAAACGAUCCGCAAAGACGAGAACUUUUCUUCAAUGAGAUCAAAAAAGUAAUCGAAGAACAAUUAACACAGGUCACAAAGUUCAACUUGAUGAGCACAGAGGUUAGUGAAUCGAACGUACUUUUGAGUGACUUCUCUCAAGAUUUAGAGGAAAAUUCACCGAGUUUGAAUGUAACAACAGAAGCCUUAGGUUGGCUCGAAAAGAUUCGAAGCGUCGAGCCUAAACAAACAGACGUAAGUUCGACGCUCGCAAAAGUCGCGGAGGACCAAUCUCUGUACGAUUCCGUAGUCCUAUUCGUCGAAAAUGAUAUUUCGACUGAUUACAUGAACAAUAUCGACAAAAUACUUACCGACACCGGUUUAAAACUGAACCUAGUAAGUUUCAAUAAUUCAGACACUGAUAAUUUUGGAGAACUUAACAGAAUGAUUUCAAAACACGGCGGAAAGUUUAGAGCGUUUUCUAUAAAUGAAACAGAAGAAGACGUUAUAGCGCAGACCACUUCCUUUUAUGGGAGUACACCCGAAGGAGCUUCGUUAGACGAAGACGCUUUCCUUAUAUGGUCAGAGCUUGAAGAUUGCAAGCAGACGAUCGAUGAUGUCGAUACAAUUUACGAGAGACUGAAAACUAUGCGAGAAACUUACGAGCAAGAGCAUUUAGCUAAAACGAAGAAGAAUAUUGAAGUUCCGAAAAAGAAACGAGCAGCUCCUUUGAUUGUGACAAGUGACAAUUAUCUUAGCUCGGAGCAGUGGUUAAAAAAAUACGGAAUUCCUGCAUCGAAGCUCGAUUUCUAUACGUUUCUUGCAGGUCACGUCUUUAAACAUUGCAACGGUGUUGUUGACAUAAAAACCGAACCAAAUGACGACGACCCUGAUUUUAAAUCGCCGGCUGAUGAGAAAAGUGUCCUCGUCAAUGCAAAGUAUUGUCGGAAGUUUGUUCACAUAAUUUGGAAAGACGGUGAAAUUAGGCAUGUUUUACUGACUGGCUCAGUUUACCGCGACUUUAUGGAACGAGCGACAAAUUUGGGCUACAAAAUACAACUUCGGAUGAACUUCCUCAAAGAGGGCAGUCGGGAGUUGUUCGGAACAAUCUGCGAGGAUAGCAUCUACAUCUUGAUUGACACUUCGUCUUCAAUGGAAGCCAAAAUUGAUCUUGUGGUCAAAAAACUUCAUCAGCUUAUGGAUGAACAAAUCCGAGACAAAAGAAGUUUCAACAUCGUCUGUUUUAACUCCGAAGUAGUACCUUGGAGGUCUAAAAUGGUCGAAGUCACAGAUUCGAGUAUCCAAGCUGCCAAAACGUGGACCAAAUACAUCGCAACCAGUGGUUCUACUAACACUUUAGACGCUCUGCAAUUCGCCCUUUCGGAUAAGAAGACUCAAGGUGUCUAUCUGCUAACUGACGGUCGGCCUGAUCAACCUGAAAAAGCCAUUCUACAGCUUAUACACGUACAUACUGAAGUACCGGUGCACACCAUAUCUUUCAACUGCUUUGACAAGGCUGCCAAUGAUUUCUUGCACCACUUAGCCGAUGAAACAGGAGGCCGAUUCCAUCUUUACCAAGAUGUUCCGUAUAACUCUGAAACAGAUGGUCCGCGACCACAUGUUAGUUUAGAUUUAGUUCUGCUUCAGAAAGAGUUCGACUCUUUGAAACAAGUUCAGAGAGUGAUCAGGACUCUUAGGCAGGAGUGUGAACUAAUGGAAAAGUACAAAGAGCCAGACACUGUUCCAAAAGCCCCACCUAAAACUUCGUCGGACAACAUUGACCAAACAACGCUUGCUAUGCGACGAAAAGCAGCUGCCGAGAAAAAACGCCACAAAACUCAAAAAGCAAUGACUUGUCUCAGUACAGCGUCGAGUCAGUCGGAUAUUCGAAAGGAAAGUUUGCGUAAAUCGAUAAAGGGAGAAUCGGACAAUUGGAUGCUCAGAGAGGACAAAGAACUCUUUGCAGACGAGAAACAAUUGACUCAAAAAGCAAAAGCGCAGCUUCUUAGACGAGAAGAAAUUAAGAAGAAACUUGGCGAGACUUCAGCUAUGACUGAGAAUAGAACUUUAGGAGCGUCUCAGUUUACUCAAAGCGAAACAGAUGGUGAGAAACAGUCAAUAAAAAGUUGGCUGAAAAAGAAUUCACUUGUUGCCAAAAAACUGACCUUAAUUGAUGUUCUGAAACCGACAAUUAUUCGACAUUCAGCCAAAUACAUACCAGUUUUGGACAAGCACGUGACUGGAAAAGUAUUUGAGGAUAUUUUCCCUGACUUCUACAUUCAAAGUGGAAACAAAGAUGAAAUCAAGUAUGUAAAUCCAACCGCUGUUGACCUUGAGUCUUAUGAACAAAAAGUUGAAAAACAGAUUCGUAUCUACAAACACAAGCUCAACAAAGUGGUUUGGGAAGCGUUGUCAGAGGAAGCGAAACUUAAGCACUUCGACGGAAAAGGACCGGUUUCCUUUUUCAACAACAAAGAAAAAAUGAUGAAGCUUCUUGAAGAAUAUGAAUGGCCAGUGGAUGACCAGGAAAUCGACUUACUACUGGACGAAAUCAAAUUAGGCUACGAGCUUAUUCAAAAAUCAACCGAUUUGAGAAACGUCAAUGUUGAAAAUAACACAAAUGAAAGUUUCAGCGAAGACAGCGAACAAUUUCAGAAGUCGCGACCAAAAACGACUGUCGAAGUGAAAAAUCGAAGUAGAAACGAAGCCGCGAAAACGAGCACGGCACGGGAACGCGAGCCAAAUAUAAUAGACCUAUCACCUGUCGCUCAAAGAGGAUACUCGAACGUGCAAGGAGUUUUGCACGGUGAGAGAGCUCACGGGUCUUCAAAGUCAGCAGUCCCAAGUGCUCAAAAAAGACUUAUCCAAGAAAGCAGAGGUUUGCCCGUUAUAGCCAGAAAUGAAAUUGACGGAUAUUACUAUCCUGCAACUAUCUUGGAAUCCGAGUCCUCAAAUUCAGCCAUUGUAAAAUUUGGCAACGAACAGUGCUCUAAUGUCGAAACUAAACACAUAAUUCCAAGAGCAGGAGCUAUUUCUGGACCUCAAUUGCAAGUCGGGGACUUUGUAUUGGCACAGAAGCCCAAAGAUCCACUUCAAAAGUUUCACCCAGGGAUCAUAUUAGCACUACCCUCAAAAUCGGAGCCGCAGCCUCAUUACUACACGAUUGUGUUGUGGAACCGAAAGCAAGUGGCUUCUACGAGGAAACUUAUUGUAAAAGUUUCUCAACAACGAUUCCAGGAAACGGCAACAUACAUCCACGAUAUGCACAAUAUAUCGUUAGAGUUGCAGCGAAAUAAAGGAGAUCUAGAGCAGAACUUGACUAUUACCAAAUAUGGAAGCAAGAAGACCAAGCAGAUGCUCAAUAGAACGAAAGAGAAAAAAGUCGAAGUUUCACCAUAUGAGAAGAAAGUGCCGCCAUUAAAUAAAAGUUCUCGAAAGACAAAGAACGCCUCGAUUUCGACUGGAAGCAGUUCAUUUGUCGAAGAGUUAAGUUCACGAUCGUCCCAAAGCACAAUUAAAUCGGCAAAUAAAACUAAACCACGUAAAGUUACGGCCAUUAAAAAAGCCGACAAAAAGCAAGAAAGCGUCAAACCUGAAGGCGAAGAAUUAAAAAAAUCCAGUUCCUCAACUUCUUCUAAGAAGUAUAGCUCCUUCUCAGAUGACUCCAAAAAAUCAAACGAGGUCAAAAUUCCCAGCGCAGACUCGGAUGACCGAGAAAAACCUAGGUCAGGGUCGGUUAGUGGGUCAAAAUCAAGGUCAAAAAGUGAUGAUAGCAAAACCCUCUCGAGGAGUAGCAGCUCGUCAUCGUCAUCUUUUAAGAGGUCGGAUCAAGACAGAUCGCCGACACGAAUGAACCGCAGAGAAGACAGUGACGAAGAGAUUCAAGACGACACCGAGCAGCAAGUCUCGGAAAUCCGAAACGAGCUGGAAGACAAAUCGGACGAAGAAAGAAAAAGCGAGAGCGAGAGCUCGGAUGGGGAUGUAAAUGAAACCCAAGGGGUUGCCGACACGGACGAACCCGAGAUAGCUGCCGUGAUGCAGACGACGACUACCGAACGAACAGACGACCGACCGAAGUCGCCAACUCCGAACAAUCUUCUUUUCGGUGUCGAAGAUACGGGCGACGAAUCACGUGACUUGAAUCAGCCCGCGAACUUAAUUCUCAACGAAGUCGAAGACAGUAUAAAAGAUCAGUUCGUGUCAAUGACAAGCGAAUCGGAAAGAGCCGAGUAUCUGCAGAAACUUCUCGAAUCAACUGUCGAGCAGAACAUGAGCCGACUAGAGAAAAAUCAAAACCGAGUCCAACAGCAAAUCCGAGCGGCCGAGAGUCUCCAUACCAACGCCGACGAGAACAAUAUAGAUUAUAUUAUCAAUGCCACUGGAAUGCCUAUGAAAGCAUCAAAACUUCAGAAAACAGAGCAAAUUUUGGCAAAAUGGGGCGAUGAUCAAUGGUACUAUAAACAUUAUGUUGUAUACGAUAUGCAUAAAGGCUAUUACGCUGUCCGGGAUAGCUUCAACAGCAUGGAUAUUCUAUCACGACUUGAAAUGAUUUCCGAGGAAAAUGACGCCGACGACAUUAUUCGCAAAGACGACUACGUGUUAGCCCUGUACCCCUAUUUUGAUGACGAGCGAUUCGGACCAGCAAAAGUUAUCCAGGGUAAUUUAUCCAAUAGUUUGGUCGUGGAGUUUUUCGACGACCGAGUUGCGACCAUUGAUCUCGAAAACUGUUACAAAAUUGCGUUCCACCGAUUCGCAAACGAGAUGUCAAAAAUCAUGACCGUCUACAGUAAUUGGGUGACGAAACCCGUGAUCUUCAAAUGCGAUUCGUCUAAGCGAAUCCAAAUCGGGAUCAUCUGGGACUUCGACCCCCAGCAGAAGCACCAGAUGGUGAUUCGGGAUGCCAAAUCCGACUUGAGUUUCCAGCCUGUGGAGAAUCUAUUCGGUCCUAUAAGGAAGGGAAUGACGUUGACUAGGGGAGAACAUGUUUUGGCCCCAGUAGAGGAUAACUCGGCAGAUUACGUGCCCGGUGUUGUAGUUGAAGUUAAGGAUGACACAGUCAUUGUCAAAACUGGCUCCUCUCAAAGAGAAGGCAUCAUCAAACACAGGUGUGUAUGGAUCAGCCGAAAACAGUACAACGAACUUCUGCGAUUCGCCCGGGAGAACAACCUAAUGGUUACUAACAAAAGCCCCUCUCCUCCUCUGAGCUCACGACUCAUGCUCGGUGAAAGUUCAAACCUUACGAGCACAGCUAAUCCUCAACGCAACGAUGCUUUUGUCAUAACAGACGCAAAGCCGUUUGUACACCAAGAAGUGUCGAGCUCCGAGGAUGAUUUUGGUAGAAGCGCUAUGUUUGAUUAGAUAUCUAUAAAAUACAUUGAUGCGAAAAUUCAAAUAUCUUUGUUGAUGAUAAAUAAUUAUGAUUUCUUUCAAAACUUAUUUUGGUAUCUGUCAAAAUAUUAAAAUCUAAAAUUAACCUAAUUGAAAA